UUUCCUCGAUGAAAUUUGCAAUAUCUUCGAUUGUUUCGACCGAACCUGGUCGUGAUGCCUCAUCUGCCGAACGUACCAUAUCCGCUGAUACAUAGAAAAACUGAGCCUCCGGCGUCACUUCACCCGACACGGCGAAAAAAAUGUAUGCAAGCCAGAGACCUGCGCCGACAAACAUUAACGACAACUGCGUUUGACACUAACAAUUUCGAUGACGGCUUAAAAUCUGCUAUAAACCGGCUAAGUUAUCAGUUGUGUCUUUAAAUUUAUUAACGAUAUUGAAUCCAAGGUUUAUUAAAAAAGGAUGUCUCGUUCCUAAAACAAAUACAACAAACCAACAAAUAUUGUCAGGCUUAGGCGACCAUGUGGAUUUUCAGAAUGGAUCAAGGUCAUUUUCAAGAGGACACUUUACAUCGAGCUGGGAUCAUUGCGAAAACUAUGGUUUGUCGUAUUGGUUGAGAUACAAUUAAUAUUAUUAUGAUCUCAAAAGCCCAAUUCGAUGGGAACGGUUGUAAGGACCGAAUACCAUUUUCAAUAGUCUUUGUCUUUAGGCCACGAGAAGAGUAUGUGUAAAAUGUUAUCAAAUUAUCUUGUAAAUUGAGACUUGUAGCCGAUUCCUUAAACUUUAAAGUGAUUUAAGGAAUAAUAUUUUUGAGUGUUAAAAACAUCGGCACAAACGUAUAAUACCACUAUUAUGGUGCGGAUGAAAUAUUUCGGGAUCCGAGUGAAUUAAAAGUAGGAUUUGUUACAAAUAUUUUGAAAAUUUGGAUUUUGGAAGAAAAUAUUUUGAAAAUGGUUAAAGAGAAAUCCUCUUAACAGUCAAAUCUAAUAUGCUUCAUCAUAGUAGCAUCUACAUAUACUAUGUAUAAUUAGGAUGGCGGUGCAUCAAGAAUUAAUAUUGACACAUUUUGACAAGUGGGUUUAGUGGCUAGGAACCAUCAUAAGUCAAGUGUUAAGUUCGGGACUGUCCCUCUGUACUGUUGGAGGCAAGCUAAGCUAGUCGUCUUUAAAUAGAAUCGGCGUGGUUUAGUGCUAAAGGACAGCCGGUGGGAAACAAAAAAACCGGUGGCCGUGGCUACACCUGUAGAAAUGUCAGAAGCUGUAAACCAAACAAAAACAGCUGUAUAUACAGCUGGUCAAUGAAAAUUGUGCACAAAGAGGAAUCAAAACAACAAUUUACACAAACAAAUCGUGGCAGUUCAUUAGAAAAAAUUUUCAUUUUUAAUUUUGUGGUUUUAAUUAAAAAAUAAGUAAAAUAAUCCGGCAUAAUUUGUUUUAAAUAUAAUUUAGUGUCUACUAAAACAUAAAUGUUGUGUAGUUUUUAGUAUUUUUCUAACUUGUUUGUCGUAAGAACUAAAUUCUAAUGCAGGAGUUUCUCAGCAGAUAAACAUGUCAAAUUCAUUAAGCUGACGACGUGUCUCCGAGAGUAUAUGUUUUUAACUAAUUAGGAUUCCAGUUAGCUUAAUCAAUAAAGAAAGAACCGCUGCAACACUUUACUAUCACAAAUAUAAAUAUGAGUAUGGAUGAAAAACUAAAGUAUUCUUUGUUAAGAAAUGAAUUAGUCGAUAAUCAAUCUGUAUGGAGCCGGCAAGAAAAGAGAGUAUGGUUUAUUACAUUAAUCACCGGCACUUGCAUGUUGUAUUCAACACGCACAACGAUGCCUUUAUUGGUGCCAGCGGUGGCUGCCGAAAUGAAAUGGAGUAAAACAGACUCCGGUACAGUUUUGAGCUCAUUUUUCUGGGGCUAUACAUUAACGCAAGUCGUUGGUGGUUAUUUUAGUGAUCGCUUUGGUGGCCAAAGAGUUAUAUUAUUUGCAGCGAUUGGUUGGUCGAUUAUAACAUUCCUGAUGCCAAAUAUUAUUUGGUGGGCACCAAAUGUGAAAAAUUAUGCCAUUCCUUUUAUUGUUACCAUAAGAAUAAUUAAUGGAGCCUUUCAGGGAGUUCACUUUCCUAGUAUGAUUAGUUUAACAAGUCAAAAUCUCUGCUCAAAUGAACGCACAAGUUUCUUUGGUCUUUUAACUUCGGGUUCGGCCAUGGGCACUCUAUUGACUGGCAUCUUGGGUUCAUUUGUGCUGGACUAUUUUGGUUGGUCGUAUGUUUUUCGUGUUAUUGGUUUUAUGGGCAUAGCAUGGGCAUUGGUAUUACGCUAUUAUGCCAUGGCCGGAGAACGUAAUCGUAUUAUAAAUGUGUCUUUGCCUUCACGUUUGUGUGUGAAUAAAUCGAGUGUUGACACAGUGCCGUGGUUAAAAUAUUUUAGUAAAUUAUCCUUUUGGGCUUGUGUUCUAACGCAUGCCUGUGAAAUGAAUUGUUUUUUUGUAUUGUUGUCUUGGUUGCCCACCUAUUUUCAUGAUGGUUUUCCACAAGCCAAAGGCUGGGUGGUAAAUAUGAUACCUUGGUUAGCACUACCGCCCAGCACAUUCUUUGCCAAAUAUCUAACUGGUAGAUUGUUGGCCAGAGAUUGGUCAACAUCGGCUGUGCGCAAGGUUAUACAAAGUUGCUGCUUUUUAGCACAAAAUUUAGCCUUAUUCAUAAUGAGCCGAACCAAUGAUUUUCAUACAGCUUUAAUAUGUAUGACUAUAAUUAUAGGUGGCACUGGUUUUCACAAUAAUGCCGUGACUGUUAACCCUCAGGAUUUGGCACCUUCGCAUUCUGGUAGUGUUUUCGGUUUAAUGAAUACCGUGGGCGCCAUACCAGGAUUUUUAGGUGUUUACUUGGCUGGCCAUAUACUGGAAGUAACACAAAGUUGGCCUAUGGUAUUUAGCGCUGCUGCCGGUAUUAAUCUCGUAGGCUGGAUUAUAUUUGUGGUAUUUGGUUCAGCAGAGGCUAUAGUGUGAUGAUUUUAUGUUAG